GAGAACGGACUCUAGCAGUGACACGCGCGCGACAAUGACCGAGAACUCGAGAAUCGUUAAAGAUAGUGUGGCGCCUGUAAUCGUCAAGGGUGCAGCAGCGAAUGGACAUCACCCACAGCUAAACGGUGGCCAUGCUGCACUCGGGCUGGAUGGGAAGAAGGUGGCUGUGCCGUUACUGGAGGCGGACGCCCAUGCGAUGCAUGAGCCACCGGAUGGUGGAACGCGUGCAUGGCUUGUGAUGAUCGGUGCGUUCCUUUGCAACGGUGUCCUGUUCGGUGUGAUCAACACGUACAGCGUGGUGUACCUGAGUCUUCAGAAGCAGCUGCAGGAGAUCGGUGACGGUGAAGCGUCCAGCAAAGCGGCUCUCGUGGGAUCGCUAACGAUCGGUACAACAUUUCUCUUAUCUCCAGUGUCCGGUAUUCUCACGGAUAAGAUCGGUCUUCGGCGAACUACCUUCAUCGGAGGGCUUCUAACAUGCAGCGGGAUGUUUCUGUCGUCGUUCUUCACGCACAGCGUGACCGCACUGUACUUCACGUACGGUAUCAUGUUCGGUUUGGGCGCGGCACUCGCUUACACACCUUCGCUCGCAAUUCUUGGCCAUUACUUCAAGCGAUACCUCGGGCUGGUGAAUGGCGUUGUCACGGCAGGCUCCAGUGUCUUCACCGCCAUCAUGCCCGUCUGUCUAGACUAUUUGGUUCAACAUAUGGGACUGAAGAUUUCGUUCCGCAUCCUAGCAAUCAUCUCUAGCUUCGUGAUAUUUUGUGCCCUGCUGUACAAACCACUGCAACCUCCACCACCACCACCAAAGGUAAAGCCGGGCCGUUCGGCAGUGAAUACGCUCCUCCGUUCGUUCAUCAAUUUUGACAAUUGGAAGAAAAAGCGUUACAUUAUCUGGGCCGUCUCGAUCCCGAUCGCCCUGUUCGGGUACUUUGUGCCGUACGUCCAUAUGGGCAAGUUUGUGAAGGAUAAUUUCCCGGACAAGGGUGAAAAUUUGCCCGUUAUGUGCAUCGGCAUUACGUCUGGAUUGGGACGACUCAUCUUCGGCUAUAUUGCAGACAUGCCACGCAUCAAUCGGGUGCUACUGCAGCAGAUGUCGUUUGUGUUGAUCGGUACGCUGACGAUGUGCUUACCGGCCACUGGUUCGUUCCCGCUGCUACUGACAAUUGCGCUGGCGAUGGGUUUGUUCGAUGGGUGCUUCAUUUCGCUGCUGGGACCGAUUGCUUACGAUAUCUGUGGACCUCGUGGUGCUACGCAAGCUAUCGGAUUCCUGCUCGGAAUGUGUUCACUGCCACUAACGCUAGGACCACCCGUUGCUGGUAUGCUGUACGAUAAGACCGGUUCCUACCAGCUGCCAUUUAUUCUGGCAGGAAUUCCACCACUGUUCGGUGCCAGCACCAUGUUCCUUAUACGAUGCGUCAAGGAUGACGAUCCGAAGCAGCAGACGGUGGUAACGGCGGACCCGAACCUGGAACCGUUGGCACACACAGCCUGGGACUGUGAAAACCCAAUCGACGGUAAACCACUGAACGGACAGCUGCUACAUCCUGAGCGCCGAGCAACGCUGGCCAGUUCAGAAUCACUUACCGCGGAAAAGAAUGAAACGGGUUAGGCUGGGUGAGUGUUGUUGUGUGGUUGUCUCGUUGUUGUGAG